AACGGUUCGUUCGAAAAUACAACAAGGAAGUGAGCGUUUAUUGAAAAAAAUAAGCAUCGGCUAAAACGUCUCUUGCAGCCGGGGGUCGCUUGGCUCGGUCGCUGGGUGUCGGGUGGGCUGAGGGUGGGCUGAGCGUGGGCUGAGGUCACCGUGGACUCGCCCGGGAGCCCGUUUCUGAUCGUCUCGAGGAAUUCAGCUGGUAUCCAGCUAGCUAGCUAGCGAUGAACACGGACGUGGAAUUUCACAUCAGGCAGAAUUAUCCGUGGAACAAACUCCCAGCAAAUGUCAAACAGAGUUUGGGAAACUCUCAGCGCGAGUAUGAGAAACACGUGCUCCUGUACAGCAUCCGCAACCAGCUGCGAUUCCGCAAUAACCUAGUGCGCCACGUGAGGAAGGAUGAGCGCAAAUACUACGAGGAGCUCCUGAAGUACAGCCGAGAACACCUGAUGCUGUACCCCUACCACCUGUCUGACAUCAUGGUCAAAGGGCUGCGAGUCACUCCCUUCUCAUAUUACAUAGGCAUCAUGGAGGAUAUUAUGAACAGUGAGAAGAGUUAUGACUCCUUGCCAAACUUCACUGCUGCUGACUGUCUCAGGCUGCUCGGCAUUGGGAGAAACCAGUACAUUGACCUGAUGAACCAGUGCCGGUCCUCCAAAAAAUUCUUCCGCAGGAAAUCAGCGCGGGACCUGCUACCUGCCAAACCAGUAGAGAUCUCGGUGGAGCCGUGGUGGGUGGCGCAGACGGGAUACAUCACCGAGGACGACAUAAGGAUCUGCUCUCAAGCGGAGAAGAAAGCCAUCGACAAGAUGAUAGACUCUGGACCUCAGCUGGCCGGAUCAAUGGAGUACAACGUGGUCUUAAGCUUGUACAACCGGGGCUUCAUCUACCUGGAUGUUCCCAUAUCUGACGACAGCUGCAUCUCAGUGCCUCCGCUGGAAGGCUUUGUCAUGAACCGCGUCCAGGGCGAUUACUUUGAAACGCUCCUCUACAAAAUCUUUGUGUCUAUUGAUGAGCAGACGAACGUAGCGGAGCUGGCCAACGUGCUGGAGAUUGACUUGGACUUGGUGAAGAAUGCAGUGUCCAUGUACUGCCGCCUCGGCUUCGCUGUGAAGAAAGGUCCGGUGUUCAGCUCAGAGCAGCUCCACCCCACCUGGAAGAACGCCCCAUCUGUCAACAGACUCAAGAGCACCAUGGACCCCCAGAAGAUGCUGCUGUCCUGGGAGCAGGGCAGUCCUGUCAUGGAGGGAGGCUCCUCAGCCACAGACACAGACACCACUAGUCUGGAAGAUCAAGCAGACACAGCCAGUGUCAGCAGUCUGAGCAUCCCCGCCGCACCCACCAAGAGGAUCGCCUUCCUGUUCGACUCCACCCUCACAGCCUUCCUCAUGAUGGGCAACCUGUCUCCGAAUCUGAAGAGCCACGCGGUGACCAUGUUUGAGGUGGGUAAGCUGUCUGACGAGACUCUCGACAGCUUCCUGGCAGAGUUGGAGAAGGUGGAGAGCACAGCCGAGGGCGAGGCCCAGCGUUACUUCGACCACGCUCUCACCCUGAAAAACACCAUUCUCUUCCUGCGCUACAACAAAGAACUGACUCAGGACCAGGGACCCGAUAUUCCAAAUAUAGGUUUCCCACUGGACAUGUUGCGCUGCGAGAGCCUGCUGGGUCUGGACCAGGCCACCUGCAGCCGCGUCCUCAACAAGAACUACAAACUGCUGGUGUCGAUGGCGCCGCUCAGCAACGAGAUCAGACCCAUCAGCAGCUGCACGCCUCAGCACAUUGGCCCAGCCAUCCCCGAGGUGAGCUCCAUCUGGUUCAAGCUCUACAUGUACCACGUGACCGGCCAGGGCCCGCCGUCUCUGCUGCUCUCCAAAGGCUCCAGGCUCCGCAAACUGCCGGACAUUUUCCAGGUCUACGACAGGUUGUUGAUCACCUCCUGGGGUCACGACCCCGGAGUCGUCCCUACGUCCAACGUGCUGACAAUGUUGAACGACGCCCUCACGCACUCUGCUGUUCUCAUACAGGGUCACGGUAUGCAUGGUCAUGGAGAAACUGUUCACAUCCCGUUCCCAUUUGAUGAGGAGGACCUGAAGGGAGAGUUCUCCUACUCCAACAUGUGUGUGCACAAGGCGCUGCAGAAGCUGAAGGGGUUCGUGGACCUGGAGCAUCAGUGUGGCUACAUCACCAUGCUCAACUCCAACAACCGGCACCGCCGCAGGGCCAGCGACAGCACUGAGUGCAGAGAUUUGUCGUCUCCUCAAGGAGACACGCAUCUAGGUGGAGGCCUGGACACCAACGGCAGCACCGAGUCCUUUGAGCUUGUGACAGAAGAGAACAACGGGGAAAGCAAAGUGAAGACAGACAUCUUUUCAUGUGAAGACGAGUGGGUCCCUCUUGAGCUGUGCUUUGGCAUGCCCCUCUUCAGCUCUGAGCUCAACCGCAAAGUGUGUCGAAAGAUCGCCUCGCACAAACUGUUCAGCAGCGAGAGCCUUCAAGAGCUGCUGUACUCCAGCCGAAAGCUGUCGCUCAAGGUGCUGAGCUUCGUUCAGUCAUUCCAGGACGGCAUGCAGCCCGGCGACCUGGACAACGGCGUGUCCAACCCUCUCAGCCAGCCGCCGGCAGAGUCCGGCGUCCCCCUGCCCGCCCUCAACCUCCUCUUCAAGGACGGGCAGCUGAGGGAAUGGAGCGGGCGGGCCCCUCCUCCUCUGGACAUCUCAGCCCUGCAGAAAGACCAGCCCACAUAAACCUGUCAGCCAAAACCCCCACCACCCCCCCCCCCUCCAGAUCUGAUGACAUCGGCGCUCUCGAUGAAACGGACCAUCCUCUUUUUUGCAGCGCCGCGCCUCCCCGAGGAGAUCCCUCUCCGUGGUCCAGCCGUGCUUCUUCAUCUCCGAUCGCAAGGAAAACGCCCGUCACUCAUAAGCAUUCUAUUGUCCGUCAGUAUCAAGUCAAGGAAAAAUAAGCCCUGUCAGCACUUUGUCAUUCACCUACUGUAUGAGGAAUCAUCCUUGCCAACACUAGUACCAACCUCCUUUUUUUUUUUUGCCCCUUCUGUGAUUCCUCGUAUUCGUAGCAAGGCAGUGUUAUCUCUUGGAGUGGUGCUAUUAUCACAAUAUAUAUACAUAUAUGUAUAUUAUAUAACAGAUGCAGGUAAAGAGCAUUGAACCUGGAAGACCGUUUAACUGGAAACGUGCGCUUUCCACCCUCCAGCCCAUGGAUGUUUUGUGAUCCUUCAGAUCAGUGUGUGAAGUGAUUGAUAUUGUAUAGAUGUUCUAAAAAAAAGAAAAGAAAAAAUCACCCCUCAGAAUAAACAUGGAAGUGUUGAACAGAUUUCUUCAGGAAUCAUUUGACGAUAUGCAUAAUCUAGGACCAAGUCUUUGGACUUGCUGGGUAGUGAUCCAGACCCCGCUGACCUCCCUGUGUUGUCUCACCUUUAGUGAUCCGAUGCAUGAUACUGUCGCACAAAAACACAUGACUUGUAAUCAAUAUUGGGGGCAUUUAGUAUUUGCACUGUGCAGGAUUCCUCCAAACCUGUGGAUGAAGUAAUGUCAUCGUUUUUAUUUUUUAUUUUUAAUGUUAGCGGAUCAAUCGCAGCAGUGUGCACAUGAUUUUAAAGUUACUAGAAGGAAGCAUUUUUUUUUGUUUUGUUUUGUUUUUCUCAUGUAAAUGGUUAAAAUUGACCGGGCAUCUCAGACUCUGCUGUAUUUUUCUUUUAAUCCUUUGUUCUUAUUCUUUCACACCAAAGAUCAUUUCAUUUUCUCCUCAUUCAUUUCGCUUUUUACUUUUUUGAUGUUUUUUUUUUGUUUGUUUUUUUUAUCGUGCUGCCUUAUUUUCUCAGCCAAUCAGAGCUCAGUUGAUUUUUAAUUAUUCUUAUUUUAUUUUUGUUUCGUUUCAUGCAUUUGAUUGAGCGCAUAUAACUAAUAAAACUCUGGGUCACAAGCUACCAUCCUCCAUCCGAUGAUCUAGCGAGUCCACUAGAAUAAUACAACGGUCGUAUCUGUGUGUUUGACCCACUCCUGCAGCCAGCCAGCAUGUCUCCAUCUCUCUCCCUCUGGAUCGUCUCCAGCUUGUGUGCCAUGCACUCUUGGCCAGUCCGCCACACUCUCCAAAGGAUUCUGUUUACACCGUGUUUUGAAGAGGAGUGGGGGUGGGGGGGCGCGUUUGUACUCUAGAGAGAAGACGACAUCGCUGUGAAGGGAAAUGCUAAUUCUUUGCUCAGCUUCUCAGAGAUUCACUGGCCCCAAAAAGUGUCUGAAAUCCUGUCAUGAAUUUUCAGCGUGGCCCUGAAAAUACUUUUAGUGAAUUUAAAAUGAAAACCCCUUAGUUUUUUUUUUUUUUUUUUUUUUGGAAAUCUACCCUCACAAGUUUUUUGACCCACUUGUGGUAGCUGUUUCUUAAAUUGUGACGCUGAGAUAGAAAAAAAACAAAAUUGAAAAAAAAAAAAAAGCGGUCGUGUUGAAGCAUGAUGACUGUGUAGAAAAUGUUGUGUGUAUGUUGUGUACGCGUGUGUGUUGUACACCUCAGUGGUGUGUUUUAACACACGCCUACCGUUCACAGUAAGAGCUCCCUCCCGGUCCUGCCUGCCUGUCUGUUACCUAAUUGCAGUUACUCAAUCAUCCGACAACCCCCGCCCCCCCACUACCUAGUCCUCCCACAGAUAUACACCCACCAGUGUUUAAAAUGCUAGUUUUAUAUGUCCGCCUAUAUUUUAGGAAAUCUUUGUUGUAGCUUGUUUAAUGGGAUUGUGAAUAUUAUUGACUUGAGUUAACGAUAACUGCUCUUAAAUGGGUUAAAAAACAAAACAAAAAGACAUUCCUUCACUUUGCCCCUCUUCUCCAGAUACAUAUUAUUACAAACAAAUAUGUAAAAAGUAUAUGAAAAUAUAAAUAAAUAUGUAAUAAGAGCAAA